AUGGCGAAGGGAGGCAAGAAGAAGGGCGGCGAUGACGGCGAGAGCGGCCCGAGUCUCGCGGCCAUCGUCGUCGACGAUUCCCCCGGCAAGGACGAGGGCAUCCGCACGAACAUCACGGCGCUGAUCGACAAUCUCAAGGGCACAGCCAAACCGUGCGUCCUCACCCGCGCGCGCGCGGCGCUCUACCUGUGGGAACACGCGUCCGGCGGCAAGAAGCAGACCGCCGAGCUCGCCACCGACGCCUUCGCCACCGCGUGCGUCAAAGCGAUGAACGCGGGCGAGGCCGACCCGGACGGCCCCGCCACGCGCGCCGUCGUCGCCGCGCUCGUCGCUCGCGUCGCGGCGGCGUCCGAGGAGUUCGCGGCGAUGCUGAUCCCCGCCGGCGCCAUCGACGCCCUGUGCGCGGUGUGCGUCAGACACUCGGAGGGGGGCGAGGCGUUCGAGACGGCGAGAUCCGUCGCGGCGGCGACGGAGACGAUGCGCGAACUCGCCAAAUCCACGACGCUACGACCCGGGCUGAGAACCGCGCUCGACGUCCGCGCGCUGGUAGAGACCGCGAGGUACGUCCCGAGACGAGUCGGAGCGAGCGCGGGGGCGGCGGGGGGCGAAGGCGCGAACGACGACGACGACGACGCGAGGAAGCGAUCGCGCGAGGAGGCGAGGAAGUUUGCGCUGACGACGAUGCACGCGUUGGCGGACCCGGAUAAGAACGACGACGCCGCGGACUUUCGCGCGCGUCUCCGCGAGGGCGACGGCGGUCAUCGCGACGGGCUCUCCGCGCUCGCCAGCUGUUUGGAGGCGCCGGACGCCGAGGUGGCCGUCGGUCUGAAAGAGCACGCGGCUCGGUGCGUCGCCGAUCUCGCCUUCGACGAAGGCCCUUGUCGAGACGAGUGCCUCGGCUCGGGGCCGCGUUGUCCGUCCCUGGGAAAGACCCUGCGCUCGAUCGUCGCGUCGCGUUCGACGCCGAGUCUGAAGCUGAAAGCCGCGGCGGCGUGCGCGAUGUGGCGGGCCACCGCGCCAAGCGGCGGCGGCGGCGAACAUGGCGCGUUCACGGCGGAGGACGCCGCGAGGACCAGCGGACGGAUCGGGUCGCUCGUGCACGCGAAGGGGGUGCUCGAGGGCUUGGUGCGGUUGCUGAGGAAGCCGACGAAGGAGGAGACGAAGCCGCCUCCGACGGCGGCGGAGGCGGCGGCGGCGGAGGAGGCGGCGCGAAAGAAGGCGGAGCUGGCGGAGUUUGAAAAAUUGGAGAGGGAAGCGUCGGCGAGUGACGGCGCCGAGCCCGAGCCCGAGGCUGGACCGGAUGCGGACGAGCGCACCGGCGAGGCUUCCGAGGGCGGCGCCCGCGGGGACGAGGAUAAAGACGACGAUGACGAGGACGAUGACGAGGACGAGGACGGGGACGGGGACGAUAAGGACGGCGGGGGCGGCGGCGACGGCGAGCCCCCCGACGACGGCGGCGGCGGCGACGGCGAGAAGAAGCCCGCCAAGAACAAGAAGCCCGCCAAGAAGAAGAAGGGCGGCAAGAGGGGCAAGAAGGGCAAGAAGAAGGGCCCGACGCCCGGUCUGCUCGACGGGUACGUCGCGUCAGUGCCCUUAAUUCGUAGGAUGUGCGUCGACGACGUCGAGACGAUUCGGCGGCUUCACACGCUCGGCGCGCACCUUCACCUCGCGAAGCUUCGCGGCCACGAGGACGUCAGGGUUCGUGCCGGCGCCGACGCGACGCUGAGGGCGAUGGGCGGUGAGCCCCUCGCGGCUGCGGAGAUGCGCGCGGCGGAGGGGGCGCCGGCGUGGCACGGGCGGCUGAACCUUCCGGGGGUGGCGUUUGGGGACUUGGAGUUGCCGGCGUCGGCGCGAGAGAAGCUGCACGCGUUGUUGCCGGGGGCACAGCUGGACUGA